AUGGGGGUGUCCUCGCGCAAUCAUCGCGUUGCGUUUCCCGGUCGCCUUCCUCUCUCGCGCAUCGCCUAUCACUCUCCUGUCGCCUUUGCGCUCUCUCUCCCGUCGCCUAACGCGCUCUCUCUCCCGUCGCCUCCGCGCUCUCUCUCCCGUCGCCUCCGCGCUCUCUCUCCCGUCGCCUCCGCGCUCUCUCUCCCGUCGCCUUUGCGCUCUCUCUCCCGUCGCCUUCGCGCUCUCUCUCCCAUCGCCUUCGCGCUCUCUCUCCCAUCGCCCUCGCGCAAUCUCCCCUCCCAUCCCGUCCACUUCAUCUCCUAUCGCUCACGUCCUCCCCUCCCAUCCCGUCGUUCGCUUCUUUUCCCCUCCCAUCCCGUCGUUCGCCUCCUCUCCCCUCCCAUCCCGUCGCUCGCCUCCUCUCCCCUCCCAUCCCGUCGUUCGCUUCCUUUCCCCUCCCAUCCCAUCGUUCGCCUCCUCUCCCCUCCCAUCCCGUCGUUCGCCUCCUUUCCCCUCCCAUCCCGUCGUUCGCUUCCUUUCCCCUCCCAUCCCGUCGUUCGCUUCCUUUCCCCUCCCAUCCCGUCGUUCGCCUCCUCUCCCCUCCCAUCCCGUCGUUUGCCUCCUUUCCCCUCCCAUCCCGUCGUUCGCUUCCUUUCCCCUCCCAUCCCGUCGUUCGCUUCCUUUCCCCUCCCAUCCCGUCGUUCGCCUCCUCUCCCCUCCCAUCCCGUCGUUCGCUUCCUUUCCCCUCCCAUCCCGUCGUUCGCUUCCUUUCCCCUCCCAUCCCAUCGUUCGCCUCCUCUCCCCUCCCAUCCCGUCGUUCGCCUCCUUUCCCCUCCCAUCCCGUCGUUCGCUUCCUUUCCCCUCCCAUCCCGUCGUUCGCUUCCUUUCCCCUCCCAUCCCGUCGUUUGCUUCCUUUCCCCUCCCAUCCCGUCGUUCGCCUCCUCUCCCCUCCCAUCCUGUCGUUCGCCUCCUCUCCCCUCCCAUCCCGUCGUUCGCUUCCUUCCCCUCCCAUCCCGUCGUUCGCUUCCUUUCCCCUCCCAUCCCGUCGUUCGCCUCCUCUCUCCCUCCCUUCCGUAG